AUGUCCGAUGGGAUGGAGUGUCCGUUGCAGCAUGCGCGAUCAACCAGCGUAUUUACAACAUCGGGAAUUCUCUUCGCGGUCUCCAAUGCAGUCGGUGGAAAUAGCAUCAAUGCGAUGCUAGCCCUGGGAUUUGCUUCGUACCUGUCUCUAUAUCCGGCACUGCUCUUUAUACCGUUGGUCCUGCUAUGCUAUGACCGACGCUUGGAGGGACCAAGCCCACCCAAUGUUGGAUCUUUCAUUGUUCAACACGCUGCCCUACUACUGGCCAGUGUGGCAGGCCUGCUUGGUCUGUCCUGUCUGAUCACCGGUAACUUCUGGGAGUUUCUAUCGGCAACGUAUGGUUUCCAUUUGCUGGUUCCAGACUUGACCCCCAACGUGGGGCUGUGGUGGUACUUUUUCAUCGAAAUGUUCGACUCAUUUCGAGAGUUCUUCCUCGGCGUUUUCUGGCUUCACCUGGCCAGCUAUGUCGGGGGUCUCACAGCUCGCUUCCGCAAACAACCUCUUUUCGUGAUAACCUCGCUCUUGGGUGUCUUCGCCAUCUUCAAGCCAUACCCCAGCAUCUCGGAUGCGUCUUUGUUCUUCGCAUUGCUGCCAUUAUAUCGCCAUCUUUUCCCCUUGAUGCGUUAUACUUUCUUCGCGGGCUCGGCAAUCUUGUACUCCGGCCUCCUCGGCCCGGCUUUCUACCACCUUUGGAUUUACGCAGGAUCCGGUAAUGCCAAUUUCUUCUACGCCAUUACCCUGGUCUGGAGCUUGGGUCUCUCCAUCCUGUUAGCCGACACUGUAUUCGCCGCUCUCAGAGACGAGUGGGAGCAAGAACGCCCAGAUCAGGUGGGCACAGAGGUGCGACAGGUGUAA